GGGAAUGGAGUUACGGCGGGAAAUUAGAAUUGAAUAAUUUUAGCGCGGCUCAGCAAAUAUUUCAAAAAAUUUAAGAUGGUUUUCACUCUUCAAUUUUCCAUCCGCCCACAAACAUACAUACAUAAUUCACUGUUCACUCACUCCAUACGUAGCACGAACACACACACACACACACACACAGAAUAGAGAGAGAGAGAGAGAGAGAGAGAGAGGAAAAGAAAAAUGGCAGACGCGUCGCAUCUGGAGAGAAUGGGAAGGGAGCUCAAGUGCCCUAUAUGCUUGAGCCUCUUGAAUUCUGCUGUUUCACUCACCUGUAAUCAUGUGUUUUGCGAUUCGUGUAUUCAGAAAUCCAUGAAAGCAGCAUCAGAAUGUCCAGUUUGCAGAGUUCCAUAUAGGCGUAGAGAGGUGAGGCCUGCUACUCAUAUGGAUAACAUGGUUAGCAUUUACAAGAGCAUGGAAGUAGCAUCUGGAGUCAAUAUUUUCGUCACUCAACAUGCGGCUUCAGCCAAACUAUCUGACAAAGACAAUAAAACUGUUGUUAAUUUAAGUGAUGUCCAAGAUAAUGGUCAUACCGAAGUAGAAGCUUUCGACUCUGCAAAUCAGAAACAAAAUCAAAGAAAGGGAAAGAGAUUGAAAAGUGCAUCAAUUGCUACCAAGAGACCUUCUGGGUCAAACUCAACGAAACCUUCAUUUCCUGCCAAGAAAAGGGUUCAGGUUCCACCGUAUACAACUUCAGAAACCCAAAUGGACCCUCAAAAGAUGGAAGGCAGGACUGUUGAAAUUGACAGGAAUCAACCUAAAAACUGUUCUGUUCUGCAAAAAGACGUGCCUUAUACAUGUACAAAGGGUGAAUCAAUGUUUUCUCCAUUUUUCUGGUUGAGAGAAGAAGACGACUUAGAGAAAUCAAGUCAGAAGACUGAUGAUAAUCAGAUCAUGUAUACACCGCCCGAUGCUCCUUGCUUCAGCGACAUCAAGGACUCGGAUGAUGAUGUCCCUCAUUCAAAAAGCCCCGAAAGAGGUACCUGUGUCGAAUCAGACAGAGAAGAUUUCGUUGAUAGUGAGAUGUUUGAUUGGACUCAAAGGCCAUGCUCUCCGGAACUUUGUUCAAGCCCCCUGUCAGUGCAGGCUGAAGAUUCUGUUGAACAGAAUGGAGCUGCCUUGGAAAAAACUAAAUGUCCAAAGACUAUUCCUAACAGAAGAAGUCAGGGUAAGAAACGGACGGUGAGCAAAAUCUAUGAAGAUAAAGUUGGUAUGGGAGUGUCUAGUAAGAAAGUCCUUAAUGCAACUUCGCCAAGGAAAAGCAAAAGAGUCAAGAAAGCUAUGUAUGAUUUAACUGCAGAUGAUAUUGAACCAGACAUGCUAACUUGUCAAGAUAUGCACGGCGUCAAUAAAGACGAUCAAUUGCUUUCUAAGGGAAAAUCCAAAAAGAGCAAAAAAGUCCUCUCUGAAUCUGGCAACCAGGAGAAAAGUGUUUCAUCUGAUGGGACUGAGCCUAUAGCAAAUGGACAAAAAGCUGCAUUUGUUCAUGCUUCAGCUUCAGAAAAUGCUAAGAAAAAUAGUGAAGGAAUUAGCAAGUUAAAGAAAAGUUGUAAAAGCAGCAAAAGCACUAAGAAGGCACAUGCUCUGCCACAGAAAUCUGGUGCCAAACUACAAAGUGGAAAAUCUGAAACUGGCAAACGGUAUAUCAAUGCAGAGGAAGACAAUGAUACAUUGAAUUACGAGUCACAUACUAAGUUGUUGCCGUUAGAAAAUGACAAUGAAGUUUCAGAUUCAGACAUAAAAAGAACCUGUAAAGCAAGCAGUAAGAUAAUGGCAAAAUCUGUAAAAAAGGUAAAAUUCUCCGUUGAAGGCAUGACCAAGGGCAACUGCCCUGGUCAGAUUUUAAGUGCUAACAACGAAGAUGCAGCGAAAGAGCAGACAUGUCAUGAUAUUCAAGGUGCUACAGAUCAAUUUGGAGGGAAGGUUUCAGCAAAAAGAGAUAAAUCAGUUUCCUCUUUGAAUGGUGGAGUUCUGCUCAAAUGCAAUACAACAUCUCCUAGUAAUAUAAGUUGUGCCUUCUGUCAAUCUUCUGCGGAGUCCGAGGCUUCAGGGAUGAUGGUUGAAUACCUCAACGGAAAGCUAGUGAAAGACAACCAAAAUGCAAGACCGAACGGCAUAUAUGUGCACAAGAAUUGCACAGAAUGGGCACCUAAUGUUUAUUUUGAAGAUGAUAAUGUUAUCAACCUUGAAACUGAAUUAUCUAGAAGUCGAAAAAUUAAAUGCUCUUGUUGUGGCAUCAAAGGGGCUGCCCUGGGAUGUUACGAGAAGAGCUGUCGCAGGAGCUUCCAUGUUCCUUGCGCUAAGUUGAUGCCACAAUGUCGAUGGGAUAAUGAAAACUUUGUUAUGCUAUGUCCAAUUCAUGCCGGCAGCCAACUGCCUAAUGAGAUGCCUCAAUCUAAGUCUGGGCAGAAAAGAAAAUCUGCUGAUGAAAGAAAAUCUUCUACCCGUCAAAUUAAAGCAACUGACGAAUGUAAAAGUGGUUCAAGUUUACAGUGGAAAUCUGAGAAAAAGUUCAAGAACUUAGUUCUUUGUUGUUCAGCUCUCACCAACACAGAGAAGGAGAUUGUCACUGAAUUCGAAAACUCGUCUGGGGUGACAAUAUUGAAGAGCUGGAACUCAACUGUCACCCAUGUAAUUGCAUCUACUGAUGAACAUGGGGCAAGUAGGCGGACACUCAAAUUUUUAAUGGCCAUCUUAGAGGGAAAAUGGAUUUUGAGUGUUCACUGGAUUAAAGCUUGCAUGGAAGCUGGAGAAUUAGUUGAUGAGCAACCAUAUGAGAUUUCAGUUGACAUUCAUGGAAUCAGGGAUGGACCCAAUCUCGGAAGAUUAAGACUUCUAAACAAGCAGCCGAAGCUCUUUGAUGGAUACGCAUUCUUUUUUAUGGGUGAUUUUGCACCUUCGUACAAAGGAUAUAUUCAUGAUCUUGUAGUUGCUGCUGGAGGGAAAGUUCUGAACAGGAAGCCCGUUUCUGGAUGCUCUGCAACAACCGUGAUUAUUUACAGCCUUGAAAUUACUGAUCAGUCCAAACAAUCAUCAAACGGAACUUCUGUUUUGAACAAAAGACGAGCUCAUGCUGAGGCAUUGGCCACAUCAGCUGGAGCCGCAGUGGCAACCAAUACAUGGAUUCUGAACUCCAUUGCAGGUCACAAAUUACAAAAUUUUCGGGAAUGAUUAUUAUUGUGUUGGUUCAUUAAACUUGAUUGAUUGCUUAGAUAAUUUAAAUCCAGGGAGAUGAACUUUUUUUU